AUGAAGCAGGAAAGGUACGAUAUCCAUUGCGAUAGUCAGAGCGCAGUGGAUUUGAGUAAGAAUGCGAUGUACCACUCUCGCACGAAGCACAUUGAUGUCAGAUAUCAUUGGCUACGUCAAGCAGUGGAAGAACAACAAUUCAAGUUGGAAAAGAUUCACACUGACGAAAACGCUGCUGACAUGAUGACGAAAGUUGUAACAGGAGGAAAACUUCAG